AAUCCAAAUUUGAAGGGCAACAUUUGGUGCGCGGCUGAGCUCCCCUGCAAUUUACUCCAGCAGUCAGGGGCAUUUUGGUCAAAUAGCGCUUCCUCUCUUUCAGGUGCGCCAAAAUCGCGACUAUACCACACGCCAUAUAUAAAAACCCUAAUGGUUAACUCCGAGAUCUUUCUCUCCAGAACUUGUUUUUUCUUGAUUCUCUCUCUCUCUCUCUCUCUCUCUCUCUCUCCCUUCAACUCCUAGCAUUGUCAUUACAGACCCCCAAGAAUCUCAAUCUCUCUCUCUCUCUCUUUUGCUUUCUGCUUCGAGAUCAUCGAUUCCACUUUUGAUUUCUCUCUGUCAAUCUCUCUCUUCGAUUUUGUUUCCGAAAUCCGAGGAAAAGGGUCAGAUCUUUUGAAAGGACAUGUGUGGCGGAGCUAUCAUCUCCGACUUCAUUCCGACGAGCCGCUCCCGCAGGCUCACCGCUGAGUACCUCUGGCCUGAUCUCAAGAAGCCAGCUGCUGCUUCCAGAAAUGGCUACUCCAAGUCCUUGAGGUCGGAGAUCGUGGACGUUGAUGACGACUUCGAGGCCGACUUUCAGGUUUUUAAGGACGAGUCCGACGGUGAGGAAGGGGAUGUCAAGCCUUUUGUUUUCUCCGCUGCUCCUAAAUCUUGCAUCUCUCGUGGCUCUACAACUAUAAAGCCAGUGGAGUUCAAUGGGCAGGCUGAGAAAAAUGCUAAGAGAAAGAGGAAGAAUCAGUAUAGGGGAAUUCGACAGCGCCCAUGGGGUAAAUGGGCCGCUGAAAUUCGUGACCCAAGAAAAGGGGUCCGUGUCUGGCUUGGAACUUUCAACACCGCAGAAGAAGCUGCAAGAGCCUAUGAUGCAGAGGCGCGAAGGAUCCGUGGCAAGAAGGCGAAGGUGAAUUUCCCAGAUGAAACUCCACCUGCUCCUAAGCGUAGUGUUAAGGCAAACCCACAGAAACUACUACUAGCGAAAACGGGUCCUAUAUCUUGUCAGCCUAAUCUUAAUCAGAAUUUUAAUUUCCUGAACAACCCAGAGCAAGAGUACUAUGAUAAUCUGGGUUUCAUGGAAGAGAAACCCCCUGCUAAUCCUCUUGCCUACGCCGAAAACUUCUCUGCUGGGGAGCAGGUUGGAUUCAAAUCAGAUGCUCCUCCCAUGUAUUUUAAUUCAGAUGAAGGGAGUAACUCCUUUGAUUGUUCUGACUUUGGAUGGGGUGAACAAGGCCCAAAGACUCCAGAAAUCUCAUCUGUUUUCUCAGCUGCUGUGGACAGUGAUGAAUCUGAAUUUAUGCAAGAAUUGAACCCAAAGAAGAAACUGAAGUCUAUGCCUGAGGAUGUGGCACCAGUUGAAGAAGUUUCUCCCAAGAAGCUGUCUGAGGAGCUGUCCGCUUAUGAAUCUCAGAUGAAGUUAUUCCAGAUCCCAUAUCUGGAAGGGAAUUGGGAUUCUUCACUGGAUACUUUCCUUGCAGGUGGAGACACAACUCAGGAUGGUGGAAAUCCAGUAGACCUUUGGAGCUUUGAUGACUUUAGCCCCACGGUGGGGGGAGUUUUCUAAGCAAAAUUUGCCGCUGCCUGUUUAUGUAAAUAAGAGCUAAAUGAAUGGUUUGUCAAAAAUCAGUUCUGAGGUGGUGCAUAAACUGGUGAACAUGCUUAAUGCUUUGGAUGGGGGAGUGCUGGUCUCAGGCGGCUAGCUAGCUUUUGUUUUAAGGGAGUACAUAGGUAUUUAAUUAGGCUUAGUCUUGCUGUUUUGAACUGAUGUGAUUUGGAAUUUGGUGACGAUGUCUGUUCUGUUUUUGAUGAUAUGUUAUAAGUACUUGGGACUUGAUAAAUGCCAACUCAAGUGUUUGUUAA